AUGCCCUUUGCACAAUUAGUGAUCGGUCCUCCCGGUGCGGGAAAAUCGACGUAUUGUAAUGGCAUGCAUCAGUUCCUGGGAGCCAUCGGCCGGAAAUGCUCCGUGGUGAACCUGGACCCCGCCAACGACCAAACAUCGUAUCCGUGUGCGCUGGACGUCCGCGAUCUUGUUACGCUUGAAGAUAUAAUGGCUGAAGAUAGUCUGGGUCCAAACGGGGGUGUGUUGUAUGCGCUGGAGGAAGUGGAGGAGAACUUUGAUUUCUUGGAGGAGGGGCUGAAGGAGCUUGGAGAGGACUAUAUUCUUUUCGAUUGCCCGGGCCAGGUUGAGCUGUUCACCCACCAUUCGUCCUUGCGGAAUAUAUUCUUCAGGCUCCAGAAAUUGGGGUAUAGAUUAAUCGUAAUCCAUCUCGUCGAUUCCUACAAUCUCACUCUACCGUCGAUGUACAUAUCUGCCCUUCUCCUUUCCCUCCGCGCCAUGCUCCAAAUGGAUCUCCCCCAUCUAAACGUCCUCACGAAGAUCGAUAAUUUAUCCAACUAUUCCCCGCUUCCCUUCAAUCUGGACUUCUACACAGAAGUCCAAGACUUGACGUAUCUCCUCCCCCACCUGGAAUCAGAAUCGUCACGGCUCGCACACUCCAAGUUCGGCCCUCUCAACAACGCCAUCAUCGAUUUGGUCGAGGAAUUCGGGCUCGUAGGAUUCGAAACUCUCGCUGUGGAAGAUAAAAAGAGCAUGAUGAAUCUGCUCCGCGCUAUUGAUCGGGCAGGUGGAUAUGCCUUUGGGCCUGCUGAGGGUGCCAACGAUAGCGUCUGGCAGGUAGCCGUGCGAGAAGGAAUGGGUAGUAUGGAUGUCCGGGAUGUGCAGGAACGAUGGCUCGACGCGAAAGACGAGUAUGACGAGAAAGAACUGAGAGACCUAGAAGAGGAGGCCAGAGCCCGAGAAGAAGCCAGUCUUCGACAGCCUAACACGACAGGUCUCAAUGACGAUGAUGAACUUGGCAGUUUCAAUGGUCCACUUCCAGAUAGCGGGAUAAAAGUAGUACGAAAAUCAUGA